AUGAACAAGCCAAAGCCAGACUGGGGAGCAUAUUAUUACCAAGGCAAGCGGAAAAACGGAAAGACGCGAUUAAUGCUAGAUGUUGUGCAUCAGAUGAAUCAAGCUGUUCCCACAUUUAAUGAGCUAUUUGAUGAGGAAACAUUCUACGUAUUUGCAUUUCUGGUCGUAGUGGUUUCGAUAGGUUUUGUAAUUAUUAUGGCGAGAUGUUUUAAAGUCAAAAUAACUGAAUACGACAUUGACAUAGAUCGGGAAUGGAGAGAUAUGACGCCUGCUAACCCAUUUCGUUUUCCAUGGGACGAUGCCAAAAAGAAUGAGAAGGCAAAGUUGAAGAAGGAAUAA